AUUAACACACAGCAUAGAGCAAGGCUCUUGCUGCUGAAGAACUACUAUGAAGAGAUGACAUUGACAGGAUGGAUAUGUCUUGCGGUGACCGGAAAUGAAAGCUAAACCAAUGACAAUUUGUUGGCUUUAUACCGUAAUGAAGAAAAUGACGCAUGAAUGAAAUAUACGACAUGAAUCCGAAACCUACGAUUUACCAUGAAAAACAGGUUAAAGAGCUGUGUGCUCUGCAUGCGCUCAACAAUUUGUUCCAGACUCGUGGAACAUUCUCCAAAUCCGAGCUGGAUUCUAUAUGCAGCCGACUGUCGCCAAACGUAUGGAUCAACCCGCACCGCUCGAUGCUGGGGCUCGGCAACUACGACAUAAACGUGAUCAUGGCAGCCUUGCAGAAGAAGGGAUGCGAAGCUGUGUGGUUUGACAAAAGAAAAGAUCCUGGAUGUCUGGACCUGUCCAACAUCUGUGGAUUCAUUCUCAACGUGCCAUCAGACUACAAACUGGGUUUCGUAAUGCUUCCAUUGCGACGCAGACACUGGAUCACCAUCCGACAGAUUCAGGGAAACUUUUACAAUCUGGAUUCUAAGUUAGAGGCUCCACAGCUUAUUGGAAGGAGUAUUGAUUUAAUAGCAUAUCUGAAAGAACAGCUAGAUAGCAAAGAAAAAGAACUGUUUGUAGUCGUGAGCAAGGAGGUUGAAGAGAAACAGCUCUGGAUGAACCAGUACGCGUUGCAGAACAACAUACAGCACACAAACACCAACCACCAGCAGAACCACUGUGACAGUCCUGACAGUGCCUCAGAAUACGACUACCGGAAUCGGGACGUAGAGUGCCUCAAAGUGACAGAAGUCAGAAACUGUAUGGUCAGAAGGGAGAACGGAUCAUAAUAGUGCAAGUUUAAUAUGUUAUCGGACUGUGACGGUUAUUUUAAGUGUUCAAAAUACUGCCGUGUUUAUGGUUAAAAUGGUAUGUCAAGUUUUUUUUUAUAAUAAUAACUUUAAAUUUUUUACUUAAAAAAAACAGACUCAUUAUGGUCUAGCCCAGAGAACACUCAAGUUGUUGUGUAUUUAAUUUUUUUUAUUUAUGAUCAGACCAUGCAUAAACAGAGUAGGUCAAUUGCGAUAAUACUUUUUACGUUACAAAUGAUGUUUAGCAUACAAAGUUUAUUUACAUAUUUUCAGUAUUAAAACUGGGCUGUUAACUGUAUUUCUACAUAUGAUUGAUACUCGUAGUACUACUUCAACAUAUGUUCAGUUUCGUCUUCUUCUUAAAUUUAAGAGCUAACUGUUGUCGGAGGAGCUUCCUCCAUUCAGUUUCUUAUUCCCAGUUUAAGUAUUUACUAUUAUUUUUAAAGCUAAAUAUACUGUUUUCUCAGUGAGCACGGCAGAAUGUAUGGUAUUAUUGUGUGUUGUGUGAUGAUGAUGUUCCAUGAUGUCUGCAGAGCUAAGUGUCAUUUUGUAAGAUAUACCUGCGUCAAGCCGUUGGGAGGCUGACGAGGUACUUAACACUAAGGUCUUGUUUGUAUUAUUAUUACCAAUGUUUUGUUUUGUGGUAUAUUAUUUAUUUUUCGUUUUACACAAAAUUUUUUUUUGAUUGUUGACUUUUACGAGUUUUUUAAGAAAAGAAAUAUUUUUUACAUUGUUGAGUGAACUAUAAUUCUAAUUGUCUAUGGUUUUAAGUUAUUUAGAACAAAGUGUGUGUGGGCUUUGACUGUGAAGAUUUUCAUUCAGUCAAAUCUACUCCUAAGAUAUAUUUUCUGCACAUAUUUGAAAAUACAAUAAAAAAAUAUAAAGUGGAAAAGGAGAGCUAUGAUAUAAUCAUCAACAUUUGGAAAGGGCUGUAGCAACAAGUGUGAAAUUAUAUUUUCUGUACAAAAAUUAGAUCUUAAAUAUUUUCUCGAUCAAUUGUUCCAAAUAGAAUCUUUAUAAUGUCAUCUGAAUCUUAUAUCUUGGCCUGAGCAUUUUACUAUAGAGUAUGUAAUGAAUUUUUAAUGUAAUAGAAAUAAGCUAGAAUGGAGCGUGGUAGUGUGGCGUCGCUCCCAAGUGCAAUAGGUACAAUGCCAAAUGUCUUACCAAACUCAACAAUAAGUGAACUAUAAUAAUAGUAUAAAGCACAUUUAUAUAAAGACAAUUUUACUGUGUUACGUUUAUUUCAAGCACAAUAUUUUUUUUUAUUAUUGUUUUUGUUGAUCUUGCAACAUAUCAAGGAGUACUUGGUAAUUGAUGUGUUGGCAUCAUGUUCUUUUUUAUAAAUAAUUUGACAAAUCUCAAUCUGAAACUUUGUAAAUACAAAAUAUUUUUCCAAAAAAUAGAAAGUUUGAUAAAGUAAA